UUUUCUUUCUUUUCGAUUUUUCCAUCGUAUACGCCAACAUGGGUUUCGCUACUUUAUGGUACUCGCAUCCUCGUAAAUACGGUCAAGGCUCCCGUUGCUGCCGUGCCUGCUCAAACCGUCACGGUUUGAUCCGCAAAUAUGGACUGAACAUUUGCCGUCAGUGCUUCAGGGAAUACGCCAAUGAUAUUGGCUUCAAGAAGCUGGAUUAAAUGUCCGCUUCAACUUCGGCGUUUCGCACGCCAAUUAAGCAUAUUAAUUUAGGCAGUCGCUGCAAAGAGACUACGUUUAUUAAUAUGCUGGAACAACAACAACAAAGCAACAACAACAUAAUCAUUUGGAGAUUUAAAUAACACAAGAGGCAAACACUUCUGAAACCAACAUACAAGUCAGGAACAUGCUAGGAGUGUGCCACAUUUUAUUCUAUAAAAAUAGUAAGAUAAUGCAACCAGAGCAAUAUCUCGAAUGAGCAUUCACCAAUGCAACCGAGUUGACGAACUCCGUGUUACCAACGCCGCACAACCGUGUUCUCUUAUACACUAGCGUAAAUUCCUAUUGCAGUUGUUACCUUCUAGGAAGGUUAUUUGUUUAAAUCUCCCUCUGAUUAAAUACAUAACAAGUAAUGUAAA